GUAAGACUACACUUUUUCAAAACAAACGCUUUGGUGUACACUUGUGAAAAAGUGAACACUUUGACAAAACGAACAAACCUAAUAAUUGUCUAAACAUUCGAUUUUUUUAACCUGGCAGCCCUGAUCACGAAUACGAGAAGCCGGAAUAACGAGUGAUGAAAAGAACGUAGCUUGAAUUUUCAAACGCAUUUGAUAGUCAUCACCAGUCUAUAUAGUAUUGGAAAAUAUUACCGAAAGAAGAUCUUAAACCAUAAACAAUAAAAUGGAUGAAUUAAAUGAACAAAUUGAUCGAUUAGUUGACUUACUAGAUGUUUUGAAAUCUAGAUACUUUUUCUUACGUGCUAAAUAUAAUAUUGAGUGUAACUCUCAAUCAAUACAUGCAUCAACAGAUACUCUAACAGAAUAUCAUACAGCUAAUGAUCUUCAAUAUUUUGUUAUGCUGGAACUCUACUUAUUAGAAUAUGCUUGUACUAUGGGUAUUUAUUCCAUGAAUAUAUAUGCAACUCGUCUAAAAACGAAUUUAAUAGCAAAUGAUAAAGAUCAUCAGUUCUUAAAAAUUCUUAAAGAUAAUAUUCGAAGCUUUAUUGGGACAAAUAAUGAAAUCAAAACUAUUUCAAAAGAUCCUUAUGAUAGCUUUCAUUCAUAUAUAAAUUCAUUCUUAGUAUAUGCUAAUGUUUUAAAAGAAAUGAAGAUUCCCAAUACUAUCAUGUUUGAUGAAAUGGAAACAAAAAAGAAAAAAAAUAAAUUGAACAAAAGAAUGUUGAAAAUCAAUCUAAUGGCAAACGUAAUUUCAUAUACAGUGUUUGAGAAAAUUAAGGACUUAAGAACUAAAGAAGGAAGAGCCGCAUUAGAAUUAGCCUUAAAAUAUAGAACACCAAGAAAUUUAGCUUAUUAUUUGAGUAAAUAAAUUUAAAUAAUUGGUUUAAUGAUUUAUGUUAUAAAUAAUAUGUUAUAAUAUUUUAAUAUUGAAAGAAAAGCAUACUUGUUAUUUAGCAUUCAAAAUUUUUUUUAUUUUUUGAUCUUAUGUAUAUAAAUGUUAUAUCUAACCUACUAUAUAAUAUUAAAUU